GCUGCCCCCUUCUCAUCCUUACUUCAUCGCCAACGGGGACGUGCCUUCCCUUCAGUUAGUUACCGCUCCUCUCUCUGGAGCGAAUUAUCACUCGUGGGCGCGCUCCAUGCGGAUGGGGCUUCAUUCAAGAAACAAGCUUUCCCCUUGUUGAUCCCUCUGUUGAGCCGCCAUCUCCAGCAGAUCCACUCUGGAAGGCUAAGGCUUGGGAUCAGGCGAACGUACUUGUCCUGGGUUGGCUCCAGCGCUCUCUCUCGCCGGAAAUUUCACAAAGCGUGCUAUGGUUUGAAACGGCGGUUGAAGUCUGGGAGGAUCUGCGUGAGUGAAAUGUUUAGCCAAGGGAACGAAGUUCGGAUCUCCGACCUUCUUGAUGAAAUUGCAAGUCUUCGCCAGGGCACUCUGCCUGUCAGCGAUUACUUCACCAAGUUUCGUGUUCUGUGGGAGGAACUUGUAAUCCUUCGUCCAUUGCCCCCCUGCACAUGCAACCCGAAGUGUGUUUGUGAUGCUUCUACUGUCGCUCGUACAUAUAUGAAGCGUGAUCAGCUCACACGGUUUCUCGAAGGGUUGAAUGAGAACUUCUCGCAUCUGCGAAGUCAGUACUUGAUGAUGGACCCAAUUCCACCUAUUACGAAGGUUUUUGCCGCUCAGCAGACUGGAGGACGAGGGACGAAGCGUCCUAUCUGUUCUUACUGCGGCAUAAUCGUUCAUACUAUUGAUCGAUGCUAUAAGAAGCACGGAUACCCACCUGGUUACAAGACGCGAGGCAAAUUAUCCAAUAUGGUGGUUUUGGAUAAUCCUAACUUGAAUGUUGAGGAUAGGGUUGAUGCCGAGGAAUCAAUUGUCUUGACUAAGGCACAAUAUCAGUCUCUACUUCAUCAGACAACUUCUCAUGGUGCUGAACCUGCCUUGCCAACAUCUUCUGCUUCUCAGGGUACCAUUGGAAUGAUGACUUUGACUCACCUUCAUUCUCAAUUCACUCCAACUGGCCAAGAGACUCAAACAGCUCCAUUGUUUGCAAGUGGGAUGGUUCUCAGACAUCGGCAGCUACAGAGACAUCGGCAGCUACACAAAUCGUCUCCUCUGAGGAGACUGGAUCGUUCAUCCCAGCUGACGAUUGGUACAGCUAAACAAAAAUCAGAGCUCUAUCAUCUAGAAGUUUCCUCUGAUUUAGUUGUUUCUGCUGUUUCUUUUGAUAGUACUUAUGUUCCUUUUGAUCAGUGGCACUACCGGCUUGGCCACUCAGGCGUUUCUAGUUCUAAGGUAAUGUAGGUUUGUACAGUCGAUCUUCUAAUAAAAACCCUUGUACAAUUUGUCCACUUGCCAAACAGAAA